AUGCCCGGUGGACAGGAUCGAAACGAAGACGGAAAUCCCAAAAGCGAUGUACCACGUCUCGCGCUACAAUACAGUCACAAGGACCCCGAAAAAUCAGCCCUUCGUCUACUCCGAGCAAUCGGGCAUGAAUGGAACGACAAUCACAUACAUAUCGUGCCUGUCACAAGUGGCAUCAACAACACGCUCAUCAAACUGGUUCACAAGCGAAAUGAUUUAGCUGGCGAGGGCAUUCAUGAAAGCCCAAUCUUAUUAAAGGCUUAUAGCGUGAGCACAGAUAUCCUGAUAGACCGAGAGCGAGAAACAGAGGAUCAUGAGCUGCUUAUUCGCUUCGAUCUUGCUGCUCGCUCGUUUCGACAAUGGCAUGCUAUACAGUUUCAUAAGAGGUAG